UUUUGAGGCAUUCAGCUGAUCACAAUGUAUCAGUCAGGACAUUAAUAACGUGAAAAAAUAUUUUCAGAACUUCUUAAACUACUUCAAAGAUGAACUCGUCAAAAAAUCCUCUACUUGCAGCGAUGACAGCUUUGCAGAUCUUGUUAUUCUAGCGGUCCGUUUGUCCAGAUACUCAGGUGACCUUUCACCCCACACUUCCUGUAGCGCUUUACCUUUGACCCCACACUUCCUGUAGCACCUGACCUUUGACCCCACACUUCCUGUAGCACUUGACCUUUGACCCCACACUUCCUGUAGCACUUGCUAUAGAUGUGACUGUCUUGUCGGGCACUUCUCACACACCUUACAGUCUAGCUGAUCCCACAAAAGCUCAAUGGGGUUCAGAUCCGUAACACUCUUUUCCAAUUAUCUGUUGCUCAAUGUCUGUGUUUCUUUGCCCACUCUAACCUUUUCUUUUUGUGUUUCUGUUUCAAAAGUGUCUUUUUCUUUGCAAUUCUUCCCAUAAGUCCUCCUGAGUCUUCUCUUUACUGUUGUACAUGAAACUGGUGUUGAGCGGGUAGAAUUCAAUGAAGCUGUCAGCGGAGGACAUGUGAGGCGUCUAUUUCUCAAACUAGAGACUCUGAUGUACUGAUCCUCUUGUUUAGUUGCACAUCUGGUCUUCCACAUCUCGUUCUGUCCUUGUUAGAGACAGUUGUGCUUUAUCUUUGAAGACUGUAGUGACACCUUUGGAUGAAAUCUGCAGUUUUUUGGUAAUUUCAAGCAUUGCAUCGCCUUCAUUCCUCAAAACAAUGAUUGACUGAUGAGUUUCUAGAGAAAGCUGUUUGUUUUUUUGCCAUUUUGUACCUAAUAUUGACCUGAAGUCAUGCCAGUCUAUUACAUACUGUGGCAUCUCAAAAACAAACACAGACAGCUUUAAGCUUCAUUUAACAAACCAAAUAUCUUUCAACUGUGUUUGAUGUAAUGGCAAGUGAUUUUCAAGUAGCAAAUGAUCAAUUUAUCAUGAUUACUCCAGGAUAAAGUGUUGGACUGAUGCUGCUGUCUAGAUUAUAGUGAUGGUGCUGUUUACAUCAGUAAUGUCCUGACUAUACUCUGAUCAGUUGAAUGCCACUUUGGUGAAUUAAAGUACAAUUUCCUUCCGAAUCAGCAAAAUCUGCACAUUAUUCCAAACUUUUGGCCGCUAGUGUAUAAUAUGUAUCCUGUAUGUACAUGCAUAUGAAAUGCAUGCACUAAAGAGGUGUGGGCUCCAAAAAGUAGACCCAAUGCAUGCAUUAAAGGCUUACAUUAUAUGUCAUUAAAUAUGGGUUCAAACUUCAUAAAACUGCAGCUCACAGUCUGAAACAUGAACACUUGUUCACAGUGCAUCCUGACACUAUGGCUGACUGUUUUGGAUUUAGUCCAAGCAUGUAUUUGACAGUAGUUGUGUUGUGUUUUCGAGAAAUAUCAAUAGGAAUGGUUGGGGCUCUGAGGGUUAAACAGCUAUGAAAUAAACAAAAUCCCAUGCAAAUGCGCUGAUCCUCUUGGAGACCUCUGGUCUGUGUUGACAUCGCAGCAGAAUCAAAGCCCAUAAUGCAGCCAAUUUAUCUUUGCCCGCAACAAUGAGGAUUUGUGGCUCUCUGAACAUCUCAUUUGAUACAGUGAAAUCUGAUUUCUUCUGAGCCAAAGCCAGAUUACCUGAAUCUCAUGUUCUCACUAACACCUUCACAACAGCCCAGAUUAGGUGGGAUUUUUCAGCCACUUUAUACAUUUUGCCCUGAGCUGUAUAGAGGGAUUAUGCUUUGUCUCCCUUCUUUAAUCUAUUUGGUAAAUGGGGGUUUGACUCAGAGAGGGAGAAGUGUGGCUCUAUAUCAAUGUGUGCUCCUCUGGAAACGGCAUUCUGGCUCAGCACCGGUUGGUGCAGCCAACAGACCUCACACCAUGGACAUGAGCGUGUUUACAGACAAGAAACGCUUUGCGUUCACUAUUGACAGCAUUCUGAGCGGAGUCUUUGAGAACGGAGACAGGAAUACCAUUCCCAGCUCGGAAAACAGUCCUGUCUCGACUCUCGAAGCAUGCAAGGAGAAACUGGUUUCAGAGUCUCCAACGAAUCAUGAAUCACUGAAUCAAACGGAUCCUCGAUCGUGCUGCUACUGUUCACAAUGUGGAGAGAUUCUACACGCAGCCAACGCGUGUCAUGUUGUUUGGGGUAAGAGGAUGCUGGCAGAACCGUGCGCCCCUGCAGAAGCUCAUGAUGUCAGAGAAAACUUCAGUCAUAUUCAGAGGAGGGUUCGUCGUCAUCGUACAAUCUUCACAGAGGAACAGUUAGACGCUUUAGAGGAGUUGUUCCGACAGAACCAGUAUCCCGACAUCAACACCCGUGAGCGGCUCGCCGAGCGCACACACCUGCGGGAGGAGCGAGUGGAGGUGUGGUUUAAGAACCGAAGGGCAAAAUGGAGGCGACAGAAGCGGCUUCCUUUCAGCAUCCACGGGCGUAGCGACUGAUAAACUGACAUUAACAUCAUCUCUAUAGUAGAAACCCUCAUAAACACUCAUUACGACAAGUGUUGAACGGCUCUCUCUUCACUCAAUACACUUCUGUCUGAUGUUCAGUGGACAGCAGAGAUUGUAUUUCAAGGGUGAAUCACAUUCACGAGUGCUGAUAAUAAUUCACACAGACUUGUGCUGAAUAAUAGGAUGAUUAUCUUGUUUAUUUCUUCAUAAUGGAAUGAAGCAUUAGAAAGCUACAAUCACUGAAUCCAUCAAAUCAAACGUCUCUCUGUUGUUUAAUUAGGACAGCUAAUUAAAGGAGUAAUUUCCAUA